AUGAACUCUCGUAGUGCUUUCCAUCUUUUUAGCCUUAUUAUCUUUCUGAUUACUACCACCAUCUCUUAUUCCGAUAAUGAUACCGAUUAUCAAGCAUUGUUGCAGUUCAAGUCGAUGAUCACCAAUGAUCCACUAACUUCAUGGAAUACUUCCUUUCAGUUCUGUAAUUGGAUUGGAGUUUCAUGUGGGAAACAACAGAAAAGAGUGAUUGCUUUACGACUGAAUUCACAUGGCCUUAAAGGCUCAUUGUCUCCUUAUGUGGGGAACCUCACCUUCCUUCGUGACCUUUAUCUCACAAACAACAGCUUUCAAGGAACAAUCCCUCAUGAACUCAGUCGUCUAUCCAUGUUACGUUUCAUCGAUCUUUCUGAUAACAAUUUCAGUGGAGUCAUUCCAACGAACUUGUCUGGUUGUUCAAACAUUGAAGAGCUAAGACUUAAUAAUAACAAGCUAGUUGGAAGCAUACCCAAAGAGAUCAGUUUCCUCUCGAAGCUUACCCAUUUUGUAGUUGCUGAUAAUAUGAUAACAGGUGGAAUUCCACCUCUCUUGGGGAAUAUAACAUCAAUGAUCAUGUUCUCUGUUAAAAGCAACCCGUUGGGUGGGGGCAUUCCAGACACCUUACGCCAUUGGAAAAGCUUAACAACAUUAUACCUUGGUGGUUGUAACUUAUCUGGAACUAUUCCUCAUUCCAUUUAUAACCUUUCACUUCUAACUAAUAUUUCCUUAGGUGAAAAUCAGCUUAUUGGUAGUCUUCCCUCAGAUAUAGGUACAAUGCUCCCCCAUCUUACGUUCGUUCAAUUACGGAAUAACCAGUUGACUGGACCUCUUCCACCUUCAAUAUCUAAUUGUUCAAAUUUGAGAUUUCUUGAAAUGAGUGAAAACAAGUUUCGAGGGAAGUUGGCAAUCGACUUUGGAAAACUAAAAGAUAUUUAUAGAAUAAAUUUGGGUUCUAACAUCUAUGGAUUCGGAGAAGCCAAUGAUAUGAAGUUUAUCGAUACUUUGCAAAACUGCAGCAAAUUAAAGAUUUUAGAUCUUUAUAAUUGCAGCUUUGAAGGAGUGUUACCCACAUCAAUCGGUAAUCUAACGAAUCAACUUUCUAAUCUAUAUUUAGGAGCAAAUCAUUUCUAUGGAAAUAUCCCUUCAAGUGUAGGUAAUCUUGUUGGCUUGAAUACUUUUAGUAUAGGAGAUAACCAAUUUACAGGAAAAAUCCCCUCAACCAUUGGUCAACUUCAAAAGCUACGUGAAGCUUAUUUUUUUUGGAACCAAUUUUCAGGUCCGAUUCCUGAUGCCUUCGGGAACUUAUCAUUGUUAAUUACACUUGAUUUAAGUUCCAACAAACUCGAAUCCAAUAUUCCAUCAAGCCUAGGAAAUUGUCAGCAUCUAUCUCAAUUGUACCUUAAUGACAAUAAACUCAGUGGCAAAAUCCCUAAGCAACUUCUUCAACUUUCGUCUCUAACCAUAUCAUUAUAUCUUUCUCAAAACCAUCUAUCUGGGUCACUUCCAAGAGAGGUCGGGGAACUUAAGAUGUUAUCUUCUCUCGAUCUUUCUGAUAAUAAUUUAUCAGGUAACAUUCCAAGUAGUCUUAGUAGUUGCACAAGUCUUGUAUUUUUAUCUCUCAAAGGCAACUUAUUUCAAGCCAUGGUACCAUCGUCAUUAAGUUCCAUGAGAGGAGUUUCGAAACUCGAUCUCUCUCAUAAUAAUUUAUCGGGAAAAGUUCCACGAUUCUUAGAACAUAUGGAAUUAUUAGAAUAUGUAAACCUAUCCUUUAAUAAUUUUGAGGGUGAAGUGCCAAUCGUAGGAGUGUUUGCAAAUGCAAGUGGAUUUUCAGUUGUAGGGAAUAGUAGGCUUUGUGGUGGGUUGGAUGAACUUCAGUUGCCAAAAUGCAUGGAGACUCGAAAACAUAAAAAAAAGUUUCCGUUGUUCGUAAUAGUCAUCUUAAUUGUAUCCUCCCUUUUCAUUGUUUUAUGUUUUGCGUAUGUUUGUUGUAAGAAAAGGAAAGGCCAAUUGUCUCGAUCAUUGACUAAUGAACGAUUUGGGAAAGUAUCAUAUAGUCAACUUCUCAAGGCUACGAAUGGUUUCUCCAAAGAGAAUUUGAUUGGAGAGGGUGGGUUCAGUUCUGUUUACAAAGGAGUCAUUGACGAUGAUGAUAGAUUUGUUGCAGUCAAAGUUCUUCGUCUUCAAAACCGAGGUGCUCAUAAAAGCUUCAUACCGGAGUGUGAAGCAUGGCGAAGCAUUCGACACAGGAAUAUAUUAAAGAUAAUAAAUUCAUGUUCAAGUGUUGACUUUCAAGGCAAUGACUUCAAAGCUUUGGUAUACGAGUUCAUGCCAAAUGGGAGUUUACAUGAUUGGUUACAUUCAAGUGUAAUUAAAUCAAGAAUGAGCGUUCUUCAAAGAAUAAAUAUUCUCCUUGAUGUCGCAUUUGCACUUGAUUAUCUUCACAAUCACUGCUUACAAGCCAUUGUUCACUGUGACCUGAAGCCUAGCAACAUUCUUCUAGAUGGUGAUAUGGUGGCACAUGUUGGAGACUUUGGUUUAGCUCGAUUUCUCGGAACAAGUUCAAACCAAAAUAGCACAAGUGGCAUUAGAGGGACAAUUGGGUAUACACCUCCAGAGUAUGGUUUGGGGGGUGAGAUGACAAGUGGUGGGGAUGUCUACAGUUUUGGAAUACUAUUGCUGGAGGUGAUUACAGGGAAAAGUCCAACAGAUAACUUCUUUAAUGAAGGCCUUAGCCUUCAUAAGUUUGCAUACAUGGGUUUGUCGAACAAUAUAACCGAUGUUAUUGAUGAUGAUAUUCUAAACUUUCUUCAAGAGGAUGAUAUUACUAGGAAAUAUACGUUAGAAAAUUUAAAGAAGAUAGAGCAAUGUCUGGCUUCAAUUGUAAGAAUAGGAGUGUCAUGCUCCGUGCAUUCCCCACCACAACGAAUGGAUAUUGCAAAUGUUGUCCAUGAGUUGCAACAUAUCGUGGAUGUUGUUCAAAAUAUUUGAUGUUCCAUGUUAGUCAAUAUUUUGGAUGCUAAUUUUUAAAGACAAAUGUAUUAUAGUAUUUGGUCAAUCUUGUAAUUUUGUUAUGGGAAU